AUGCCAAAACCCAUUCAUACUUCUCAGGUUUAUGACGACAAUCAGUUAUUACAUCAGGAACUUAAUUACGACAGAGACGAACUGCAGAUUAAGCACGAUGAAUGGCUUCGUAUGCUGACAGAUGAGCAAAAGUCAGUGUAUGAUGAGAUUAUAGGAGCUGUCAUGGGGAAGAAAGGUGGUGUCUUUUUCGUGUAUGGUUUUGGAGGUACAGGGAAAACAUUUUUGUGGAAUAUUCUUUCAGCUGCCAUUCGAUCUAGAGGUGAUGUUGUCCUUAAUGUUGCAUCUAGCGGUAUCGCCUCCUUAUUGUUACCAGGAGGGAGAACAGCUCAUUCACGGUUUGGAAUUCCUCUAAAUCCUGAUGAGUUUUCUACAUGCAAUAUAGAGCCUGGAAGCCAUCGGUCUGAAUUAAUAUCUAGAGCUUCUCUUAUUAUUUGGGACGAAGCACCAAUGAUGAGUAAGCAUUGCUUUGAGGCUCUUGAUCGAACUAUGUGUGAUAUUAUGAACACCACAGAUGACAAACCAUUUGGAGGUAAAACCGUUGUUUUCGGUGGUGAUUUCAGGCAGAUACUACCAGUCAUUCCUAGGGGAAAUCGAGCUGAUAUUGUAAUGGCUGCUCUGAAUUCUUCAUAUUUGUGGAAGUAUUGCAAAGUUUUGCAGCUGACAAAAAAUAUGAGACUGUUUUCAGAGACAGAUGUUCAUGAAGCCGAGGAGAUUAAGGCUUUUUCAAAAUGGAUUUUGGACUUGGGAGAUGGAAAGAUCAAUGAGCCAAAUAAUGGGGAAACUUUGAUAGAUAUUCCGAAAGAUCUUUUGAUUACUCAGUGCAGUGAACCAAUUGAGUCAAUAGUUUCGGAAGUUUAUGGGGACACAUUCAAGGACUCUAAUGAUCCAAUAUUUUUUCAAGAAAGAGCCAUAUUAUGUCCCACCAACCAAGAUGUUGAUGUUAUAAACAACUACAUGCUUGAUCAUCUAACAGGUGACGAAAGGAUUUAUUUAAGCUCAGACAGCGUUGAUCCAUCUGAUUUGAACUCCAAAGAUGACUCUGUUUUCUCUCCCGAAUUUUUGAAUAGUAUUAAGACGUCCGGGUUGCCUAAUCAUUCUCUAAGGUUGAGAAUUGGUACACCGGUGAUGUUAUUGAGGAAUAUUGAUCCUGAUGUUGGGUUAUGCAACGGGACGCGGUUGCAGAUAACUCAAUUGGCUAAUCAUAUUAUUGGAGCAAGAGUCAUUACAGGGAAACGUGUUGGGGAGAAAGUCUUUUUACACCGUAUUCUAAUAACACCUACAGAUACGAAGCUGCCAUUCAAAAUGAGGCGGAGGCAAUUUCCCUUGAAAGUUGCAUUUGCGAUGACAAUAAACAAGAGCCAGGGUCAAACACUUGCAAAUGUUGGUUUGUAUCUACCUAGACCAGUGUUUUCACAUGGACAAUUGUAUGUUGCUGUUUCUAGGGUCAAGUCUAGGAAAGGGUUGAAGAUUCUUAUAACCGACACCGAUGCCAAGCCACAAGAUUCAACCAUGAAUGUUGUAUUCAAAGAAGUUUUCCAGAAUCUGUUUGACUAUCACGAUGAUGUGUAG